AUGGCACUUGGCCUCAUCGAUGUACCGUCAUGGUUGGCAUUGGUCGAGAUCUUCAUAAUGCAAGCUACCACCGUGGCGGUUCUGGCAUAUGCACCGAAAUCAGCCAUAAAGAUCCGUAUUAGUGUGACUAUCUUGACUGUAUUCCUUGCAGCACAUAUCCACUGGAUUUUUCCAUACAACAACUCUGCACUUAACCACAUGGUACUUCCUUCGGUUUGGGGCCAGGUUUUGCACCUAAUCAAUGCUUUGCUGGUAACAAAUAUCGAAUAUGUGAACGAAAUGAAAUGGAAAAUGAAGGCGGGAAAGGUCAACGCGAUAUCUAAUAGAGGGUGGGACCGGAUUGUUUGGGCAUGGAAUACAAUUUGGAACGGCCGCUGGAUUGGGACACGCUGGGAGGAAGAAUGCAUACGUCGAGAUGUGAAGGAAGGAAUCAAUGGUGUUGAAACCGUGAACGGGAGCCACAAGAAGGGUAAGGGUCAAAGUAUUGGUCGCGUAGGGUUUGCCAUGCGCAGAUUUCAAAUAUCAGUUGCAGCGUACUUGGUUUUGGAUUUGCUUGGCUGGGUAGCCUUGCCGCAAGAAAUCAUAAAUUCGACCUUUACGGUGGAAAAGCAGUAUGUCUUUCGCAGAAUGACUGAAAUAUCCCUCGAGGAACUUGCGAUUCGGACCGGAUCAGUGAUAGGUUUUGCUGCGGCCGCCAUGGCCAUGAUUGUCCAGCUGCAUGCCUUCGCGUCUGCAGUCAUCGUGGGAUUGGGAAUUCACGAUCCGGAAGAAUGGCCAUUGAUGUAUGGGCGUAUCUCGGAUGCCUGGUCUGUCAGGCGAUUCUGGGGUUUGGUCUGGCAUCAGCAGCUGCGUCGACCCUUAGUAUCAUACUCGGAGCUUCUCACAUACAAGGUACUACGCAUCCCGAAGCGCAACGGGAUAUUGGCCAGAUAUGUCCGUGUAGGUUUCGUGUUCGCAUUGUCUGGGAUUCUGCACGUGGUGACGGACCAUACGAUGGGCAUCCCCGUUCGAGAGUCGGGAGCCAUGGAUUUUUUUUUGACCCAGGCUUUGGGAAUAGCUCUCGAAGAUAUAUUGUUUACCACUCACCGAUUUAAUGACGAGCGGCUUCGACGCGGCCCAAAGGUGUUCAGGUCCAAAGCUUUGGGCUAUCUCUGGACCAUGGCCUUCUUUGGCUGGACAGCGCCCGUCUGGACGUAUCCGGCCAUGAGACACUCUUCUCCCCAGAAGAUCAAACCCGUGCCUUUCUCGGUGUUCAAAUAUUUGUUCGGAUGA